AUUUCCCAUCUCUCCCCCAGGUAAGGUGAAGGAGAUGAGUUACGACCCUCAGUGCAAACUGCAGCGCCUGCAGGAGUUCUGGAUCAGCCGUGCCAGCGCAGAGCAGCGGAAAGGCCGCGCCGGUCGGACGGGGCCAGGGAUUUGUUUCCGCCUCUAUUCCGAAUCCGACUUGGAGGCCUUUGCUCCAUAUCCAGUGCCAGAGAUCCAGAGGGUGGCUCUGGAUUCCGUGGUGCUGCUGCUGAAAAGCAUGGGGCUGGGCGACCCCCGCUCUUUCCCCUUCCUGGACCCCCCCUCACCCUCCAGCCUGGACUCAGCCCUACGCUACCUUCGCGCUCAGGGCGCUUUGGACGACGCCGAAGAGCUGACACCCAUCGGCACGCUGCUGGCACAGCUCCCCGUCGAUGUGGUCCUGGGUAAGAUGUUGGUGCUGGGCUCCCUUUUUGAUCUGGCUGACCCGACGCUGACGGUGGCGGCGAUGCUCAGCGUUCCGUCGCCGUUCCUCCGCCUCUCGGAUCCCGAACGCAGCGCGGCACGGCGGGCGCUGGAGAGCCCCCAUGGGGACCCCCUAACGCUGCUCAACGCCUUCAACGAGUGGGUCAAG